UGCUGUGUUUUCAGGAUGAUGGACUUGACUUUUCAAGCAGGUGAUCUUAUUUGCAGUCAGAAGUGUGUGUUUGCUAUGGGACUGAGUUUUAGAGCAGUUUUGAGGGCAUAUGAAAACUGAAAAAGUGGUAAUUCAAAUCCUAAUUCUUAAGCAGCUCUGCAGAACAGGACAGGACUUCUUUCCACUUCUCUGGUUUUAUGCUGAUAAAGCGGUCAGUAUGUGAAGUUCCCUGAUGAUUUGCUGGUUAAUAAUUAUGCAGUAGGUGAAUUGCACCCAUUUUAUUUGGUAGUCAGAUCUAGCAAUGUGCUGAUUUUUUUUUUUUUACAUGCUUAAUUUAUAUUUUUCUGUUUUAGAACAAAGUCUUUUUGGUCUGUGUGAUCGUGUUGUAUAAACUCUGGGCUACCUGCAGCUAUGAUUUGAGUGUGUGUCUUCAAAAAGUUGACUUUACAAUUAGAUAAAAGUCAUUUGCUUGAGAAAAACAUAAGUUAUAAAAAUACUCAGGAAGUUCAGUGAUGACUCUUACAUGGAAACUUAGAGAAAAGACUCAAAAUCCAUUUAUACAUCAUCUUGUCAAGUCACACUUGUAUAGAAAGGACUUUAUGGGGGCUGGGGAAGCUGGUGGGAAGAAUGUGAUGCAGUUACUAAGUAUGUUGUCAAUGGGACCUUGCCUAGACUUCUGUAUUUCAGACCAACAACAGACAUCAUUUUAGUGUUAAACUACUGUGAUUAUAAGGAAUAUUUCUGAUGUCUCUGAUAGUUGGUGUCGAUGACUACAGCUCAGAGUCUGAUGUGAUUAUUAUACCUUCAGCCCUGGACUUUGUCUCACAAGAUGAAAUGUUGACGCCUUUGGGAAGAUUGGACAAGUACGCUGCAAGUGAGAACAUAUUUAACAGGCAAAUGGUGGCUCGAAGUUUGCUGGACACUUUGAAGGAAGUCAGUGAUGAUGAAAGAGAUUGUAUUGCUGUGUUGGAGAGAAUCAGCAGAUUAGCUGAUGAUUCAGAGCCAACAGUGCGGGCAGAACUGAUGGAACAGGUGCCUCAUAUUGCUAUGUUCUGUCAGGAAAACAGACCUUCAAUCCCUUAUGCUUUUUCCAAAUACCUGCUACCUAUUGUGGUGCGAUACCUCGCAGACCAGAAUAACCAGGUAAGAAAAACAAGCCAGGCAGCGUUGUUAGUGCUGCUGGAGCAAGAGCUCAUCGAGAGAUACGAUGUGGAGACCAAAGUGUGCCCUGUGCUGAUAGAUCUGACAGCUCCAGACAGCAACGAUGAUGUGAAGACAGAAGCUGUGGCUAUUAUGUGCAAAAUGGCCUCCAUGGUUGGAAAGGACAUCACGGAAAGACUUGUGCUUCCCAGGUUCUGUGAGAUGUGCUGUGACUGCAGGAUGUUCCAUGUCCGUAAGGUAUGUGCAGCCAAUUUUGGAGAUAUCUGCAGUGUGGUUGGACAGCAAGCCACCGAAGAAAUGCUGCUGCCGAGGUUUUUCCAGCUCUGCUCUGAUAAUGUGUGGGGAGUUAGGAAAGCCUGUGCUGAAUGCUUCAUGGCAGUUUCUUGUGCAACAUCACAGGAAGUCCGGAGGACAAAAUUGUCAACCCUUUUUAUUAAUUUGAUUAGUGAUCCUUCACGAUGGGUUCGCCAAGCAGCUUUUCAAUCUCUGGGGCCUUUCAUAUCAACUUUUGCUAAUCCAUCCAGCAGUAGCCAGUACUUUAAAGAAGAAGAUGGUAAAAACCCAGAAGAUGGUGAUUCUGCACAGGAAAACAGUGGACAAGUCAGGAUCGCAGAAAAUGUCACAACAGAUGAAGAGCACAACUGGACAGAGGAUCUGUCUUCACAUAGUGAUGAUAGUGAUGAUUUUGCAACGAAACUUGAAAAUGUCAUGGAAGAUCAAAUUACAAUGUCAAAUAACUCCAAGAGGGAAAGUGAUUUCCAGACUGAAUCAUCCUUCCAUUGCACUUUGCCUUCAGAAUCUUGUGGGAAAAUGGCAGAUGAGAACAAGCAAAGUUCUCAUUGCUGUACAACAGGUCUGCAGGAGGCUGGGCUGAAUUCACAGGAAACCUCUCUUUCAGAGCAGGAAUUAUACAACUCUUUCCAUUUCUGGAGGACUCCACUUCCUGAAAUAGAUAUUGACUUUGAGCUUCAGCAGACUUCUGAUAUAAAACUCGAUAGAGAAAUUCAGGAACUCACUAUGCCAGUGUCUCCAAGCAUUCCUAUGGCAACAAGGAAGGAAUUAGAAGAAAUGAUAGAAAAUUUGGAACCCCAUAUAGACGAUCCAGAUGUCAAAGCACAAGUGGAGGUGUUGUCUGCUGCACUCAGAGCAUCCAGUUUGGAUCCUCAAGAAGAGACAAUGGCCAGUAUUGGCAAGGGAACAAAUUCACAGACUGAGCUAACCAUCAAUGACCAGCAAAGUUUUAAACCUAUACUGGGUGAUAUUGUGCCUUUAAUUGGUGACACUGUUGAGAGUAUGGAUUCUACACUUCACUAUAUUCAUAAUGAUUCAGAUUUGAGUACCAAUAGUAGUUUCAGCCCUGAAGAAGAAAGAAAAUCCAAAGUACAGGAUGUUGUACCUCAAGCCUUGCUGGAUCAGUAUUUAUCCAUGACGGAUCCAUCCCGCGCACAAACAGUCGACACCGAGAUUGCCAAGCACUGCGCCUACAGCCUGCCCGGCGUGGCACUGACCCUGGGCAGGCAGAACUGGCACUGUUUGAAAGAUACCUACGAGACUCUGGCAUCUGACAUGCAGUGGAAGGUUCGGAGGACACUGGCAUUUUCUAUACAUGAACUUGCUGUCAUCCUUGGAGACCAGCUUACAGCUGGAGAUCUAGUUCCUGUCUUCAAUGGCUUUUUGAAGGACCUAGAUGAAGUGAGGAUAGGUGUGCUUAAGCACUUGCAUGACUUCCUGAAGCUUCUUCAUGUUGACAAAAGACGAGAGUAUCUUUAUCAGCUUCAGGAAUUCCUGGUGACUGAUAACAGCAGGAACUGGCGUUUUCGUGCUGAGCUGGCUGAGCAGCUGAUUUUGCUUCUGGACCUGUACAGUGCCAGGGACAUCUAUGACUACCUGAGGCCUAUUGCUUUCAGCCUCUGUGCAGACAAAGUGUCCUCUGUCCGCUGGAUUUCCUACAAGCUGGUUAGUGAAAUGGUAAAAAAGCUGUACAUGGCUUCAACACCAACGUUUGUGAUAGACCUCAUGAAUGAACUUGUUGAAAAGUUCUGUAGAUGCCACAAAUGGUCUGGUCGGCAGACUUUUGUCUUUAUUUGCCAGACUAUCAGUGAAGAUGACUGCCUGCCCAUGGACCAGUUUGCUGUGCAUCUCUUGCCACACUUACUACACUUGGCAUCUGACAAGGUUCCAAAUGUUCGAGUCCUGCUCGCAAAAACAUUGAAGCAAACCCUUUUAGAGAAAGAGUAUUUCCUGAAUUCUGCCAACUCCCACCAAGAAGCUGUAGAACAAACAAUUAUGGCUCUUCAAAUGGAUGGUGACAGUGAUGUUAAGUAUUUUGCAAGCAUCCACCCUGCCAGUACCAAAAUUGCGGAUGAUGCCAUGAGCACUGCUUCAUCAACUUACUAAGUUCUGAAUGUGGCUAUAAUUAAAAAAAAAAAAAUUAAGCUAUUCUCAAAUGCUUCUAAAAUGGUUGAUUUAGAGCAACCUCUUUGGAAGGAGGGAUUUCUUGCCAGAUUUAACAGGUGGAUGUUAUCUAAACCUGAUAACCAGGGAUUUUAAGUCAAGGCAAAGUAAACAUACAUGUGUCAGCUUGACUUUAGAAAACACUGCUCAGAGGAUUAUUUUUGCCACCGGAGCCUUAAAUCUUCUGUCUUCCUGAACAAAUGAAACUUGAAUUGGCAGAACAUUUUCAUUGUAGAAAGGAUGUGAUGAUUUCCAGAGACCUGCAUUGUUUCUCCUGAGGAGUUAACUUAGUGAGUAUUUUCUGUAGCAGCUGAUAGGCAGGAUGGCCAGAGAGGCAAGUUUGUACAGGGACUUGAGACCUCCAGUAUUAGAGCUAAAGUUUUUAUCAGUCAAGGACUUGAUUUGUGUGCAGCUGGGCACACCCUUAAGUGGGAAUAGCUUUGAUGUUUGUAAAUGGGAAAAAGUAGAAAUUUGGAUUUCUCUUAAGGGCUCAGUGCUAACACUAAACUAGAAUCUGAUUUUAAUCCUUAAAUGCAGCAUAUUGCUGUACUCAUUAACAGAAAACUUUGCUGAGUACCUGUGUCCUAAUUAUUUUCAUGCUGGUCAUGACCUAAAGGAAAUUUAUUAGCACAUGUACUUUAAGUCAGGUAUUUUUAACUUGAUCAUGAUCAGCUCUGAAGGUGCAACUUUUUUCUUCAUAUACUGUACAUAUCUGUGAGCCUCUUUGGAGUGCUGCAGUCUUUAAUCAUGUUGUUUAAAAGCUGUUGUGAUACAAGUUGUUCUCUACUUGUCCAAAUAAAAUUUAUUAAUAAGAUUGAAAGAAAUCUUGUGACCUUUUUAAGACAUUAAAAAAGUUUGAAAUUUAAGUGGAGUUUUUCUUGCAGUUUUUUGCACUUUGGUGGCUAUUUCAGGGGCAAGGGGUUUGCUUAAUGACCAUGAAAAAUUCUGCAUUUUGAGAUGGAAUAUGCUACAGCACAGAUUUACUUAGUCUAUGUUGUUGAGGCUUUGCUGGAUUCUUCAAGUGUUUCUUUUGCUAGGGAAGCUGUUGCCUCCAGUCUGAAAUGGCAUCUUGGCUGGAAGUAAGUCUGAAUAUCUACCUCAGUCAGAUUUACAGAAAACUCUGAGUUCAAACUGCCCUUAACCUGCCUGCAGUCUGUUGACUGCUUUCCUUUCCUCUAAUUUAAAAUUACUGAUCCAGUAUCUCCUUCUGUGUCUUCCAGGGACAACUUCCUUAAAUCACCUUUCUUCCAGCCUGUGGAACUCAAAGUGUGCGAAGAUAUUUUUCCCCCGAGGAAGUAGAAAUGGCUGUGGCAGCUUAUCUUUGAUGUAUUUUAGCAGAACAUUUUCACUUAUCAGUCAGGUACCUGAUGCCCUGGCAGCUGAGCCUUAGGGAGAUACCUUUAUUUUCAUCUCUUGUUUUUUUGGAAAACAGAUUAUUCUGCAGUUUCUUCUCUUGUAAAUAGAAAGUUGCUAUUUACUCCCCAGAGGCUGCUUAUGUACUCCUUAGCACAGCCAUGAAGGUGGUUAAGAUGCAGAGUCAUCUCUGUCUGCCUUGGAGUGUGGUGGGUUUGGGGUAGGUUUGAUUUUUUUAAUUUGAAGGGGUUUUUUCUUUUAGGCUUGAGGAUUUUUGUGGGAUUUCUUUAUUAAUUACAUUUUGUAGGUGUGUGGUUUUUAUCUGCUUUUUUUUGGUGUGGAUUUUUUAUAAAUAAAUAUAUAUGUUUAUUAUUUUUUUUUUUCUAUGCAUGUCCCUUUUUCUUUCAAAAUCAGCAAAAUCCCUGGAGGACUAGGCAGGGUGACAGCACUGUGGAUGGCAGCAGGCUGUGUGGAAGCAGGGAGAAGUGCAGCUCUCCCUCCUGCCCUAAGAAGAGCACCUGAAAGUGACUCAUCUUCUCCCAGACCAGAUGAUUCCCAUUUUAGCAAUAUGCAUUAAGGUCCAGUUAAUUUCUGCAUUUUGUUAAGAGAACAUAAAUCCCUUCAUCUGAGGGAUAUUUUGCCUGUCAUGAUGGUUAAAUUGUAGUUGAAUAAUGUGUGCAGUUCCUGAGGUGAGCAGGAGCUGCUGAGGCCAGAGGAUGGUUCAGGUCAUUCUCUUGACUGUGAAUGGAGCACAGUAUUUGCUGGAGGAGUAUUGGGUUUAAAUCCCAAUGUUUGGAGUCUGGGAUUAACAUGACCCAACCUAAUUCCAUCACUGCACUCAAGUACUCUUCCACUAGUCCAGUAAAAUGAAGGAUUGUAUCUGAUCCCUCUAGGUAUUUUCUAGUUACUUAAAGGUAAAACAUUUCUAUGUUG